CACCGUUAGCAUCAAUUGGCAAUAGGAGGAAAAGUAUUCACCGCGUGUUAUAAAAGGAUAUUACAACAACUAUCCCAAAAAGUUGCUCCUCUUCUGUUUCAAACCAUGGAUUAUUGAGUGAGAAAAUUAAAUAGAAAAUAAUAGUGUGCUGUGUUUGUGGUGCAAGGAUCGAACUGGAAUACCUUUUGGAUAUAAAUAAUAAAAUGUGCUUGUGUUUCGGAUGUCACAUACCCCCCUGACAUCCGUCCCCCUUUUUUCAUAAUUUAGGAUAAAAAUUCAAAAUGAGUGAAGGAAGGCGGCUAAGGGUGAGGGAGCAAGGUGGUACAAAGGGGUCUUCCAAACCUUCUAGACCCCUUAAGAAAGUUCGAAAUCGUCUGAGCUCUGUGAAUUGCAGCAAUGAGGAAAGUACGGAGGGAGAGGAUGAUCAGGGGGUGACGGGGGGUGCUCGUAAAAUUAGUGGGAGUAAUCGAAGUCAUCGGCCGGCCGAUGAUAAAGAGGAAGAAGAUCUCAAAAGUGGAUUACCAAUUAUGAACGGAAAAAAUAGUGCUCUGGCUGAAGAAGAUAUUAUUGAUGGAUUUUUGAUUUUGAGUUUUUUGACCUAUCAGGAUUUAGAGCACGAGAUGAAAGGCAGUGUAGACAAGAUGUCCCUCCCAGCAGACGAUAUUCUUCCUGAAGGGGUCGUUAAUUCCCAUUCGGAAGGUGAAAUGAAGGAAGGCAUAAGGAAUGGUGAUGAAUCUAACUGUAACCAUAUCUUCUCUAAUGGUCUCGAUGACCAGGAUAAAGAUGAGUUUGUUGGGGAGAAUAACAAUGAACCCACCACUCCGAAUCAAAAUUUUGUUUCCUUGUCUCCAAAGCCUGAAGAAUUACUUCCUUCCAAUAACAAUUCCCAUUCCAGACUUAAAACUGAGAGUAAAGAAGAAAAAACACUUAAUAAUACCGUGAGUACAUUUUUGAAAAUAAUUUGUUGUCAUCACAAAGUAUGAAAGUACUAUUUUUUGCUUUGAAGCAAAGUAUCGCCUUAACGAAAAGUACAAAUGAACGGUAACUAUAUCAAAAAUAUUAAACAACGUAAGAAUUUUUUGUUUUUAAGAAGUUUGCA